AUGGAGGACUUGGAGAGGUUGAAGAAGCUACGCACUGCUUGUCGGGGAACUGUGACACGCACCAUUUCGGACCUCACAGCUCUUUUGGCUACGACUCCUUUGCUCCACGAUCAGCUCACAUCAAAGCUGACAUUCCUAGAAUCUAAAGGAGCGACCUUGGCACAGCUGGAUGGCCGAAUACAGGGUAUCAUCGAGGAAAACCUUUUAGAAGACGAAUGCACAGCCUGCGAUCGAUAUCUUGAAUCUAUCACGACUAUCACGGUACAGGUCCGCAGGGCGUUGUCGACAACUGCAGGUCCAGUUUCAAACAACCACCGCGACGGUCAUCAGGCUUCACCGCAACAUGGGCACGGUGCUAGUGAUGGAGUCAGUUUGCCCAAGCUUCAUAUCGACACUUUCAAUGUCAACAAGCUUAAAUAUCUCGUGUCGCUUGUGUCUGGAUCUGCUGCUACGGCCAUCGAAGGUUUGACCAUCACUGAUCAAAAUUAUGUCACUGCUGUUGACAUCCUAAAGGCACGCUUCGGCAAGGACGAGCUUCUUAUCAACGAUCAUCUGGACUCAUUAUUCGAUCUUAAGCCCGUUACGGACUUUCAGGAUGUCCGAGGGUUACGAGACUUACAUGGGAGUGUAACUGCUCGGGUUCGAAAUCUGCAAGCUUUAGGCAUUCCGACGAGUCAAUAUGACGUCGCUGUUCGUCGAGCAAUUGUGCGCAAGAUUCCUCAUGAGCUUGAGCUCGAGUACUAUCGUAUGCACGGAAGAGACGCGACCCUCGCUCCUGAAAGCUUGUCAGAUCUUAUGGAUUUUUUGAACAAAGAAAUCGAAUGCCGUGAACGCCUUCGCAGAGACGCAGCAAUAGACAACGUUGGAUCGCGACCGAAAACAGAAGGAGGAAGUGGUGUCAAACGAAAAUCAUCGCUCUCGUUUUCCGCGUCAUCUUUAGCGGCAACUGUUACGCAGCAGAGCUGUGUCCUGUGCAAGUCAAAAGAUCAUCAUGCGCUUGAAAGUUGUACGGCCAUACUCACUCCUGAGGAAAAAAGAAUCAUCCUCCGUCGAGAAGGCAGAUGCUUUCUUUGUGGAAAGAGGUCCCACUUGUCCAAGGAUUGCCGGGUCUGCUGGAGGCUUCGUUGUGGAAAGUGUAACAGACGACACCUUACGCAGUUAUGUCCAGGUCCUUCAGUGCCUGCUCAGAAUCAAACUUCGGUUACAACGGUUGUUGAGGACGUAGUUACCUCAUUUUCUUCAUCAGAAGUUUCGAAGACUCCAAAGUGCUCAGAAGUCCUUCUGCAAACCGCUAAAGUUUGGCUUGUGGGACCACGUGGACGAAAACAGCUCAUCAGGGUGUUGUUUGACGGGGGAAGUCAAAGAAGUUUUAUUCGCGCCGACAUAUCAAAACGCAUGGAAUGUAAAGACGUACGGUCAGAAGAUCUACGAAUUCACACCCUUGGGAAUGUCACAUCCGCUCGAACACAACACCGUUGUGUACAACUUGUAUUGCGAAGCCAGGACGCUUCUCACACACUUGUGAUGGAUGCAAUCGAGUACGACCAGAUUUGCACUGACAGCCUCCCGUCUUUACCCUUCGACAUGUCGAAACAACUGAAAGAUAUGGGCCUUCAGCUAGCUGAUGAACCGUUUUCGGCGCCUGUCGAGAUUUCUCUCCUGAUUGGUUCAGAUUAUUACUGGCAAGUCGUCACUGGACAAACUGUUCGACUUUCGAAACAUCUUGUUGCAGCUGAAACCCUUUUCGGGUGGACCAUCCAAGGAGUCUGUUCGUCCGAUGGCAUGAAGGGACGACACGAUAUUCAAGUUAUGAAGAUUGGCGUGGAAACGGAUGUCGAGGUUGAUACCGACAGGAUAUAUUCGCAACUACAGGCAUUUUGGGACCUCGAGCAUCUAGGCAUCACGGAUCAGUGUUCAACGUCCAGUUCCUACACUGACCCCAUUCUUCAAGAGUUUAGCACUUCAGCAUGCCUACAGAACGGGCGAUAUAUGGUCCGUCUCCCCUGGAACCUGGAGAAGCGUCACAUGCUGGGAGAUAACAAGGUGCUCGCGUCUCGACGGUUGAGUUACACCACCAAGAAGCUGCUACCGGAUCCCAGUCUAAUGGAAGAGUACGACUCUACGAUUCGACAAUAUCUGCUAAAUGGACAUGCGGAGCGCGUACUUGAGACGGAGAACACCGGUGGAGGGCCUAUAUAUUACAUGCCUCAUCAUGCUGUCAUACGAAGAGAUCGGGAGACGACUAAAGUACGCAUUGUAUUCGACGCUUCGUCAAAGUCAUCUGGUGCAAUCUCUUUAAAUGAAGCUCUUCACGCUGGACCCAACUUGAACCCGGAUGUUCUAGACUUGCUGCUUCAGUUCAGGGCAUAUCAAAUAGCUCUUACAGCUGACGUCGAAAAAGCAUUUUUACAGAUCGUACUCGAUCCACAGGAUCGCGAUUCUUUUCGCUUUCUUUGGUACGCCACUGCGCCGAAGGCAGACGAGGCUUUGCCUCCUAUUGAGACUUGGAGAAUGAUGCGGGUACCGUUCGGCGCAAAGUCCAGCCCGUUUUUGUUGGCCGCCACUAUCCGACAUCAUUUGCAAUCUGUAGUUUCACGAUAUCCUCGAACGGCUUCUCUUCUAUCAAGUCACUUUUAUGUGGAUGACCUGGUUGUCGGCGUGGAUUCCGUUGACGAAGGAAAUACGCUCUACCGUGAAUCGCGUGACAUCCUUAUUGAAGCUGGGAUGAAGCUCGUCAAAUGGACCAGCAACGACAGCACCCUGUGGAACUUAUUUCAAGCGGAAGGCACUGCUUCAUCACCCACCACUUCCCUUAAAAAGGUGCUCGGACUUAAUUGGGAUAUCGACUCUGAUGAGAUACAGCUCUCCAUGAAAUCAUUAUCCGAUUUUCUGGAACGUCCGGGUGCCACUAAGCGUUACGUGCUUCAGGCUGUUUCUCGGAUUUUUGAUCCUCUGGGCUACGUGGCGCCGUUCGUCGUUACGGCCAAGAUCUUACUGCAAGGCAUCUGCUUGCUAAGCUUCAGUGGGAUGAUCUCCUUCCUGACAACAUAA